AUGGUCUCCAUCGCUCAUCACUGUAUCGCCGAGGGCCAGAAGACGGACACGCACCAGCAAGCCAUCAAGCAAGAUAGUUCUCCGGAUCCGAUCAUCAGGCCCCGGCCGCCCAUCGUGUGGCAGCCCACCGUCACCCCGGAGUCGUUCUCGCCGACCUCCUACUUCAGCGACUCCGACUCCGAGGACGACGGCGAGAAUGAGGACGAAGGCCCCGACACCGUGAUGGACGACAACGGCCUCGGCUCCUCCUACGGGGGCGUCACCACCGCGGCCCCGAGCGACGGCACCCCGACCUUCAACGUCACGGUGCAACUGCCGUUCGCAUGCCCCCACCACGGCGUGCCCCUCCACCCCACGGUCUCCGUCCAACCCAUCCCCGAGCCGCCGCACCCGGCGGUGGAGCCGGACGUCCAGCAGCUCCCGCUCCUCAUCCCCCUCCCGAUGGCCCCAGACGUCGACCGCACGGUCGCAUUCACGCUCCGCUCGCACGGCGCCCCCGGCCUCAGGCUCGCGGACCUCUUCCAGGACGCGGACGACCACGCGGACCUGCGCUCCUGCCUCGACCGCGCGCCGGUCGACCGCGCCGCGGUGUUCGCGCACGUCGACGCCGCGGAGUACUGCGUCUGCCAGCACCUCCCGGGCGGCCGGGUCCGCGUCGCCGACCCCGGGUUCAUGUGGCCGGUGUGGCGCGUGCGUCUGGGGGACAAGGGGUUCGCGAGGCCGGGGGCGUGCUGGUUGUUCGGAGACCUCGUGCACGCGGUCGUCACUGCGCUCGUGGAGUGGUGGGCGCACGAGGAAUGGCAGCGCAAGAGGGCGGCGUGCGCUGGGGACGCGCGCAUCGGGCGCAUCCUCGGACCGGGCUCUAUCACGCUCGAGAACGUGUAUGUGCUCGCGCUGCGUCGGCGCCUUGUGGGGCCGGGCGAUUUUGAGUGGAUGCCUGAGAUCGAGGUCAGGUUGUGA